GUAUUCCUAUGGCUUUUCACUAUAUCCCCUUCCUAGAAACACCUCUACACCGUCCAAACAUUUCCUAUAUAGUAAUUCUCAACGCACCCUUUUUCUCAAACACAACAAAUUCUUCAUUCAUAUCUUCAAUGGAUACUUCAAGAAAAUCAAGCUUCAAUGAUUUCUUGCCUCUUAUGGCUGAAAAUCUAGGUGGGGAUGGUUUAAUAGGUGAGUUAUGUAAAGGGUUUCAGUUAUUAAUGGAUAAGGAUAAAAGGGUCAUUACAUUUGAGUCUCUCAAGAAGAAUUCUGCUUUGUUAGGACUUCAAGAUUUGAGUGAUGAUGAUCUUAAGAGUAUGCUUAAAGAAGGUGAUUUUGAUGGUGAUGGAGCUCUUAAUCAGAUGGAAUUUUGUGUGUUGAUGUUUAGAUUGAGUCCUGAGUUAAUGGAACAAUCUCACUUUUUGUUAGAAGAAGCUCUAGAUUCUGACUUUUCAUUCUAAACAUUUUGGUCUUUUUUAGGUUUCAAGAUUGUGACUUUUCUUCAUUGUAACUUUUGUCUUUUAUACUUACCUCUAAUGUAUACAUGUAAUACACUGCAAAACACAUAUACAGAAAGUUGUAUCAAUGGAAAACCAGGUUGUUUAAUCAGUA